AUGGCGCAGUUUAAAAUGUCUUGUCGAACAUCUUGGGGAUCAGCAAGCUGUCUGCAAGGGUCAAACAAUCAAUGUAGAGUACUAGUACUAUGCUUCAGAACUGCACAGUUAGAAGCAGCAAUCAAAGAGAAAAAGAGAGCUGGUGUGCUGUUGCUCCAGGACAAUGCACCUCACCAAACAGCACAGGUGGCAGUGGCAGCAGCAACCGAAUGUGGCUUUGAACUCUUACCUCACCCUUCCUGCUCACCUGGCCUGGCAUCGUCGAACUUCUACCUGUUUUCUAAAAUUAAGUUCUACUUGCGUGGUCACUGUUUUGAAACUGAUGAUGACGUCAUCCAAGCUGUUGAAGCUUAUCUAAAGAAUCAAGAUGAAAUCUUCUUCCAGGAGGGAAUAGGAAAACUUGAACAUCGAUGGACAAUGUGCAUUGAACUUAGAGGAUACUAUGUUUGA